GAUGCCUCCUGCAGGUGUGACAGGCAUUAGGUAUGUGUGGCCGAAGUCACAUAGAGUUGGGAGGGAGAUGCACAACUGCACCAGGACAACGCUCCACACGACACCAGUGGUCAGUACCUGUCACCCUCUGCAGGGUCCUUCCUGUGCCUCAGAGCCAGCCAAGAUGUUCGGCUUCGAUGUAUUCGGCUCCGACAUGCUCAACAUGUUCCAACUCCCAAACCUCUUGGGUGACUUCAGCAAAACCAUUAUCUACUGCACGCUGAUUAUCUCCCUCGUGGGGGUCGUAGGCAACGGACUGGUGCUCUGGCACCUGGGCUUCCACAUCAGGAAGGGCGCCCUCAACACCUAUCUGCUGAACCUGGCCGCUGCCGACUUUCUGUUCCUCUCCUGCCAGGCGGGCUUCUGCAUCAGCCAUGUGUUGCUGGGCACCUCCCAGAGCACAGUGUUCUUCGUGGUCACCUUCCUAUGGUUUGCAGCAGGGCUCUGGCUGCAGGCGGUUUUCUGCACCGAGUGCUGCAUCUCAUACAGCUUCCCCACCUGCUGCAAGUGCAGCCGUCCCAAGUGGACCUCAAUUGUCGUCUGUGCCAUGGUCUGGGUGAUGACCAUAGCAGCUGUGCUGAUGACCGCCAGGGCCUGCGGCAUGCUGCAAGACAGCUUUCGCCUGGCCUGCUUCCGUUACCAUGCUGCCAGCAUCGCCUGGCUGGCGACCCUCCUGACCACGAUCUGUGGGUCUAGCAUGACCCUCUUCUGGCUGAGCUGCUGCUCCAUGCGCCAGUUUCCGAAGUUCUACCGCGUUGUCCGGACAUCCGGGUCCCUGGUCCUCAUCUGUCGCCUGCCCUUUGUCCUCUAUUGGAGUCUGCGGCCAAUCCUGAGCUUUCUGAUGCCGAUGUCCCUCCCUCUGGCCACCUUCCUGGCCUGCAUCGACAGCACCUCCAGGCCCCUGGUUUACUACCUGAUGGGCCGGCAGAGAGGGAAGCGUGAAAUGCCGAGGGUGAUCCUGCAGAGGGCCCUGGGGGAGCAGGCCCAGCAGAGCACCCAGGGGUUGUCCCUGACUUCUGGCCCUCGUCAGCGCCGCGGAAUUAGACUUCACAUAGUUCGUGGCAAGCGUUCAACUAGGCGCGCUCCAGUGGUGCAGCCCUGCGGUUUGCCGCCCUCCAACAUAUCUUCGCAGUGCUAAAAUGGACUAAACUAUUACAAUGUAAUUCUCCUUUUGGCCAAUAAUGCCAAAAAAGUGUGUCCCCUCCGUCGCCCCCACACACCAGCUACGCUACGCCACUGCCUUUGGGCGCUGGUAGGAGACCAGCCCGCCCCACUGCCUCUCCCUGGCCUGGUGGGCUCGCAGACCGACAGAGGACAAGAGGCCAGGGAGGCGGGCAGGUGCAGAGAGGAGAAGUCGGGAGACAGAGAGGGUGUGCAAGCUGCUCCCCACCCACAGCAGGUCGCCAUGGCUACGGCGGAGCCCCAGUGCGGCUGGGCGUGUUGGAGCCCAGGACUCUGGUUCCUGAGCAGACGCCCACGGACCCGCUCCCCCCCCACACGACUGUUCCACUGAGAAGCCUCAGUUGAACUGUUCGUUUCUCCCUCAUUCAUUCGUGUGUCCCCCAAAACUUCCACGUCCCCCAAACUUCCGCGGUUGAGAGCCCACUCCUCUCCCCACCUCUCAGAGUGUACACUCAGGGUGACCUUGCCAAUUCUCCCUCCUGGUGUCACCAAGAGAGACCACCAGGUGGCGCUGCUUGAUCACCAACAGACCCAGCUCUGGCGGCUGAGCUGUCCCCUCCCCACCUGCGAACCACCUACUUUUCCCAGGUUGCUGCCGCCCAGGGGCUCCUGCUGUGGACCCCAUGCUAACCCUUCCCCCUCCCCUACUUAGUUCACCUGUGGCUAGGCCUGAUGUCCCCCCACCCCAGAAUUGCAGAGAGAGACAGGGA